AUGUUCAAUCCAUUUAGGCGAAACGCGGGCGUAGCCUGGCAACGAAUUGGACUCGCCUCUGAAUUGCCGGAUCUUCACGACGACGAGGGUUACCGGAUCGCACCGCGAUGCAAGGCCUUCAACAUUCCCAAGGAGGGCGGCUCAUCGGAGCCAGUGGAAGACAUUGACAUGCCUGGUGAUAUGAAGGAUCAGGUUCUCGUGUUCAAAUACAAGGGCAAGGUCCAUGCUGUUGAUCAUCAAUGUCCUCACUCAGCAUUCCCGCUGUCACAGGGCAACCUAUUUGACAUUGAAGACUUUGGCAUUACUCUGAGUACCGGUAUCAUGUGCCCAAAACAUGACUGGUCCUUCGAUAUUAUCACGGGCAAGGCGGAUCGCGGCACCUACAAGCUGAAGGUGUGGGAGGUUCAGCUGCGAGAUCCCCCAGCCGGUGCCGAGGAUGAUGACAAAGAAGUCUGGGUUCGUCGAAAGCAGCGCAUCGGCUGA